CCAUACGUAAUCCAUUGUUCAGUGUGUGAAAACUUCGAUUGCAGUUAAACAUUCUGCGGUUUGUUUUAAAAAAGUAGUUUGUUUUGCAACGGCAAUCUUCAAGGACGAUUUGUGUGAAACAUCUGCGGGUGCGAGGACAAAGAAAGGACUUUCCCACGAUGCCUCUCGCGGUCGAACAUGCGUUCUGUGAUGCAUCUGCCGUGGCGUCGAUGGAAACACCCGGCAAAAAACGUAAACGAAACGCGGAAACAAACCCAUUCCUCAACUUUACCGAACAAACGUUCAGCAUUCCUUCGUCGACGCCAAUCCACAAUCGGCAGAUCGAUGGCAGUGCCUUCGAAAACCCUUCGUUCCGUGUGGGCAACAAGGAAAACUACAACCUGUUCUCCGACUCGUGCAUGGAGGUGAAAUCGAUUGCGGACCUUGCCGGAUCGGGUGUGGCCACGAAGCGUAUGACGACCAGCGACACCACGAACCCAUUCGAAGUGAUCCGUAAACCACCGAAGAAGAAGAAAAAACAGCAACACCCGACGGUGGCCGCUCUGCAGGACAGCUGUUUCGAGAACCCGGGCCUCAACCUGGCAGCGGUCGAUAAGCAGCCGGUUAAUCCGUUCGAAGUUCCACGGGACGGUGACGAAUGCAAGCGCAAGGAAGCGGAAGAGUUGAGCCGCUGUUUCGUAAACAAUGCGCUAAACAUUCGUGGCCCAGAAGCGAACAGUGGCGAGCGGUUCAAUCCUUUCGAAAUUGUGCGCCCGAAAGACCCGGCUACGGAACCACCGGUGCGAGGGCUACCCGUGCCCGAAUUGUCCGGCAUAGAAAAUCCGGCAAUGGAAAUGCCGACGUACGCGAUUGCCGUACCGUUCACACCAUCCCUGAAGCAUCGUAUAAACUUCCAAGAGCUGCCAGCCAGCGCUCUAACACCCUGUCAAAUGAUGGCCAACAUGGUUGUGUGUAGCCCGGACGUUUCGACACAGGCCGUUAAUUCAAACUUGGCCGGUACCGGAGACCCUGCGGUGAGAAAUGCCACUGUGACGUUGGCGAAAAGGCGGUCGCUUUCGGUCAUAAGCGAAGAGUCGGACAUCGGCGAGAAGCUGGAUUGCUACCAGCUGGAGUUGGAAAAUAGCAUCAACGAGGCGAAGGCCAGGAAACAGCGGCAGGGCGAGACAACUCAGUUCUCAUUCAGUGGCACCGGACACCGUCGUCGAUCGGUGCGCCGUAGUCUGAUCGACAUGAAGCACAUAAGUAAUCUCUCCCAAAAGCUGCGCGAUCUGGAGGACGAGGAAAACGGCAUAACGAAGCUAGAGGACGAUGAGCCCACACCACACGUGGAGGAGCAUGAGGAUGAAGAGGACAAGGAAAAUAAACAGCCACCACAGGAGGCUAAAGGCACGACCGUGCCUCCGAUGGAAGAGAAGCAAGAGAAAACUGAUUCGACGAGCGCAGCGGAGGAAGAAACGCGUUCUUCCGAAAUGCACCGAAACCAAAUGACCUUUACCAUAACCAAAGAGACGACCGUACGGGAGGAGAUCCGUAUCGAUGUCUCGAAUCCGGACGUACAGUUCGAAGAGGUGGAAGACUUCGAAGACGAAGAGCAGGACGUUGAACUUAUGCACAAUCCGGCACCGUUUCAACGGGCCUACCGUAAGAAGGAGCCGCUGGCUACGCGUCCUGCAACGGAAGAGUUCAAGUGUCCGGCGGCGGUGCCAUCGGGUGAAGCUCGCGAAAAUGGCCCGGCAAAAUCCCACAAGGUACGGGAUGUGAUUCGCCGUAGUUUCCGCCGCCUGAUGCCACGUCACCACUCGGACCAGGAGCAGCAAGAGAAGGGAAAACAAAGCGAGGAAACACAUGCCCCGAGUGACGAGGGCAAUCAUGGGCAUGGUUUGAUUUCUACCAUUCGACACAGCUUGAGACGCCGUCAGACGAAAGCCACCGAAACCAAGGACAGUAAAGCAGCAGAAGAUUCCCCGCUGGAAAUAUCCAUAAUUGCCGAACAACCGCGUGCUGUGUUCCGCCAACCAUCGCUGGACCAGUACAAACCGAUUUCUGCGGCACCAACCGGUGGUGCAACAAUUAGGGGCAGUCUGCGCCGCUCGACCAAAGACAUCCGGAAGCAGAUGAUGAAGUCCGUGUUUCGCAAACAGUCGGGCGAUUUGGAUACCGAACUGGGUGAACAUGGAGGGGAACUGAUUUGAACCGAACGCAGUGAAACAAAACCAAACAGCCUCUUGCCUGGAAGCAUUUAUAGUAGUUUUUUUUUAAUUAUACCAUUUUUCUAUUAUUUUUAAAGUUGUUAAGGCCAUUCCAAAUCCAAAUAUUAUACUCACCACCUCCAAAGCGGCAUCGGGAUGUUCAAUCCGUUGAACUAAUCCAUUUUAGCACGAAGCAAAUAUUUAAUGUUUUAAUCAUUUUCAUAAUAUUAUUGCACGCGUUUUAGUUUUUCCUCAUUAAAUUAUUACCAUCGGUGCUGCUUUCGAUAAGUAUGCAAAUUACAUCGUUUAUUAUUAUUAUUAUUUUAAUCACGAUUUUUUUAAUGCUUCGUAAUUGAGCCGAACGGUUUACCAGUGUUUUUCUUAAGUAUUUAAGAAAUGGUAAAGUUACUUAACUGAAUGAAUAUUUGACUGAAUUUUUGCGGGUAGCUAAGGGUACAAAUUGUUCCAAAUCGGUUAGUUUGUAGGGCUAUUUUCUCUACCACAUGUAAUGUUUAUUAUGUCAAUAAAUUUU